GUUUGCAACGAGAAGGUUCAUCUACCGCCCCGCUUCGAGGCUCCAUGCAGUGUAUCGUGCGGAAGGAUCUGUCAUUUGGACUGCACCCGCGCUUAUCUGCAGACUCAGAAUGUCGCAUCCUUCGAGGAUGGCGCGACACGAUUGAUCGACUGCCCUUGUGGCAAGGGUGUCUAUGCUCCUCGCUGCACCGUGUGUGGAUGCAGCUUGCUGCCACCAACUCCAGUGGUGCAGACCUGUGCAGCACCAUGUGGGCGAGCCUUGGCACACAGGGCGUGCAUGGAUGCUGUCCAAAAGUUUGGUGCUCGAAGAGAUUGCCAACUCUGCAGGAGGCCAUGGAUGUUCUGA